GCAAGCGAGGAAGGCGCGAAAGUGUCCAAUGGUCAUCGGCGCCGCUCCAUUCUCCCGUUCUGCUAUAGACUGGCGAUCUCGCUCCCGAAUAGUUUAGGGAUUCGUGUCGGCGCUACUCGAUUUGAUCGAGUCAAGCGGAGUGGCCAAUGCUUCCUUGAUGGGAAAGCCCGAGGUGCUUGAUAUCGGGAUCUCGGCGGCGGAGACAGCUGCCGUCGCCGACGCUCCUUGUUCCUUUGUGGCGGGAAUUAGAAGGUUUUCCAGCGUUAGAUGCGGUAUAGUGCUUCUCCUCACCAUCGGCGUCCUUAUAUCCACCAUCUUCUGGAUCGUUCCGAUGAUACGCUUCCGCUCCGGGUUCGUUCCUGAUGACGCUGAGGCGGCUUCUGCUGAAAUACAGGCUGGUUUCAUUCUGCAAAAGCCAUUGUCACUCCUCACUAUGCACAUUAAAAGACUUGAAUAUGAUAUCCUCGAGGAAAUAGGGGUUCCUAAUUCAAAGGUCUCUAUAAUUUCUAUGCAACCCACCACUUCAAAAAAGUCUACUUCUGUUGCCUUUGGUGUUCUUCCUGAACCAAGACAUGCCUCCAUAAGCUUACCAGCGCUCAGCUUGUUGAGAUCAUCUUUGAUUGAGUUGGUUCUCCAGCAAAUUAAUCUUACUUUGAGUCCAUCUAUUUUUGGAGAAACAUUUUCUUUUGAGGUUUUGAAGUUUCCUGGUGGGAUCACUGUCAUUCCUCCCCAAACAUCUUCUAUUUGGGAGAGGACGAAUGCUCUUUUUAACUUCACAGUAAGCAACUCCAUCGGUCAUAUCCAGGAAAAUAUGAAUGAACUAAAAGAGCAGCUUAAAUUAGGAUUGCAUCUUAGACCGAAUGAGAAUAUAUAUGUACAGAUGACAAAUGUCCAUGGUUCAACCAUAUCGCCUCCCGUUACACUUCAAGCUUCCAUUUUGUCUGAUUAUGGGAGUGGCAGUCUUUUACCUAAAAGAUUGAGACAACUAGCUGACGCUAUUAUGGGCUCACAUGUACAAAAUCUUGGCCUUAAUCAUUCUGUUUUUGGUGAAGUCAAAUCUGUAGUUUUGACUUCUUACCUCAACAAUUCAAUUUCAUCCUUAGAUACCUCAAGCCCGCCUCCCUCUCCCUCUCCCUCUCCCUCUCCAUCUUCUUCUCCAUUUGAAGAAUGCCCUUAUAAUACUGGUUCUCUUUCACCUUGCUCCCCUACUAUAGAUCAAGAUGAUUUUCAGCCACCUUGUCUCUUUUGUAAAUAUUUGUCUCGAACACUGUCACAUGCUUCUGAUCAUAGAAUUGACUCCAAACCAGCUUACUUUUCAAAUUCAGCUGCACCUAACCAAUCCCCGCACAAGGGAUACAACUCACCACGACUGAUCGCACAGAGUGCACAUACAGUAUUUUUUGAUUCCACGUUGCCAGUGCAAGACAGAGAAAGCAUCAAGGAUUCAGCAUCAAUGCUGCCUGACUCGUUGCCAGUCUCAUCAUCUUCUACCUAUGGAAUUAAAGCAGAAUUGCAUGAUGGAUCAUUAUUGAUAUUGACAGCGGUCACUUUGGCAUGCGUUUCUCUGGCUGCUGUACAAUGACCAUACCUGUUGUAUGGCACUGGGAAGAAGCAUUACGUAGAAACAGGUUUGCAGAAAUUAGUUCACCACAUGAACAGAUGAAGGCGUGGACAUGUUACUCCCCUAUAGAGUCAUAACCCGCAUGACACGUAGGACUAAUUAUACGAGCUGAGGCAAAGUAUAUGUUAAGUGUAGAUAAAAUUAUAUAUAUUUUAUCGGCCAGUAGCUGCGAAGUUGGCAGCUCUCUUAUCUCAAAUAUCGUCAGUUAUUACCUUUUAUUGUUCUCGUCGAAGGCUGAGAACUCGCUGGCAGCAUUUGGAUUCUCUUUAAUUUACAUUUUCAUCGAGUGUAAAGAGAACAAUAUAAUGUAAUAAAAAUGGCAAAAUAAUUCUGUGACUUUUUUAGAUGUCAUCUCAAUACUAGUUUGUAAAAAUAUUAAUUUAAUCAUCAGAUCUAGUCAUCGGGUUAUUCUGAUGAUUAUUUCAGCUCAAUAUUAUAGGAGAUCGGGGAUUAAUUUAGUAUUUUU